AUGGAUAGAGACCUUUCCAAAUCUCUCUCCAAUGAUGGGUACACAGCAGCUUAUGAUGGAUCUGCAGCCUCGAGUAAUUACAAGACAAGGCACCCUGAGUUCUCAUCUGAAAAACGUAUACGAGAAGUAAAUUAUUUUAUCUCAAUCAGAGCUGAUAAAGAAGCAAAGAAUUAA